AUGUUUUGGUAAAUCACGGCAGUCAAAUCAUCCGGUUAGUUUUAGUAGAUUUUUAAGAGUUUAUAAGUUAUUGAUUGGUUGAAAUUUAGAGUUAAGAAAAAUGAUGAGCCUACGACGCAUCAGUCGCAGUAUCGGUUUCUGUUUAAGCACCCGCGGCUACAGCAUAUCAACGGGUGCAACCGCAGCCAAAGUAUUGGCGGUAGACGCUAAUGGAGACCGGAAAAAAGUGCAACCAAACCUCACCCGAACCGCACCGGGAGUGACGAGUGUUUCGAGUGUACCAAAAAAUCCUAUCGUUGCCGCUGCUUUUGCAUCCUUGCGUAACGAUGAGCCCCCCGGUAAGGACGAAACGCCGGCAGCCGACCAAAAGCAGGACAUCCAAAUCGAUGAAAUGAUUUUGAAGGCAAACACCGUCACGGAACUUCUGGCAAUUGCGGACGUCACGAAAGUGAAUCGGAAACAAGCGUUGAAGAUUGUUUCAAUCUUGGCCGAGUGGAGCUCUAUAAAGAAAGCAAACUUGUCGGAGUUUGAGAGUGAUCCCCGUUUCGUCGAACUUUGUAGCUUGCUUGGACGAACUGGACAGCAACGCGCCACAUCAUCCAAGCCUUCGAGUCAAGCAAAGCAACGAGACCUACACGUCGAUGAUCUACAGACGGUGCUCGGGAUCACGGCGAACGACGAGGCAGCAAAACUAAUUGCCGGACUAACGCUACCUCAGAUGAUCAAGGUCAUGUCUUCGCUGGCGAUGAAAAAGAAGCGCAGCAUUCCGCUGCUGCGUUCGCUUUCGUUCAACAUCGCGAGCAAUCCGGGACAGUUGAACCUGAAGGAAUGUGGUGACAUGCUGUAUGCCAUGGCUUCCCUGAACUACCGCGACGUGGUGCUGACCGCUCGCAUAUGUUCCGAUCUCGAGCAAGAGCUGGCGAAAAAUACGGACAAAAUUGCCCCCAUCGUGUCGAUCCUGACGAGCUUAGGUAUGCUCCGGUACCGCGACGGGACCGUACUGGACAACUUGACCAGCUGGAUAGCGGCACAUCACGAACUGUGCAAACCGACCCAGCUCGGAUCGCUGUUGCUGUCACUGGCGACGCUCAACUACGAACCGAUCAGUAUGGACGCGAUCAAGGCGAAACUGGUGGUGAACGUCACGGAGAAUGACUUCAUUCGGUCGGCCGACUGGCUCAAUACGGUUUGGUCGUUAACAGUCCUUAACAGUGUGACUGGCGAUCAGCUAUCGUCCGUGUUGAAUCCGGAGUUUUUCCACCGACUGCAAGAGGAACGUCGAGGCAGUGUGCAGCCGUCGAUGAAGAUGAAGCUACUUAACUUGGCCGCAGCAGCCAAACGGGUGCCCGGUGCGAAAGAGCUGCUACUUGCCGCCCACCAGGUAGACCUGUUUGUGCCGUUCGAACCGACGAAGGAAAAGCGUGUGCUUAUCACGGGAAUGCUGGACGCACUAAAGAGCCUCAUUCCGUCGGAGAGCAUGGUCAAAAUCAGUCAAGCUACUACAAUGGGAUUCACGAUUGAUGCUGAAUGUGUCCUGGACAAGAAGUGCUUACCAUUACCCGUCGACAAGGAACACGAACAAGGAACGAGAAUUGCACUACUGGUGCAUGACUACCACGACAUGUGUCAGGGGCCCCACGCCGCCCUGAACGGCAUGCAGAUACUGUACAUGCGGUUACUGGAGCAACGUGGGUACACCGUCCUAUCGAUACCGUACAGCGAGUUCAACACCAGUGAUAAGCUGCUGAAACGCGUCGAGUAUCUGCAGAAAAAGUUCAAGUCGAUCGUUACCAGCAAACAAUAGAAUCAAGCGGCCGCUGUCGGCUUUGCCGUUCGGAAGAGGAAAUAAACAAAAGUUAAUGUAA